AUGUCGGCUAUCCUGAAACUCCACUCUUUUGACCCCAUGUCUGGUGCAAGUAAGGGUGAUGACCUGCUUCCUGCCGGCGCUGAGGAUAAUAUCCAUAUAAAAAUUCAACAGAGGGACGGCAGGAAGACCCUGAGUACUGUCCAAGGGAUCGCUGAUGAUUAUGAUAAAAAGAAACUAGUGAAGGCUUUCAAGAAGAAAUUUGCCUGCAAUGGUAUUGUAAUUGAACAUCCAGAAUAUGGAGAAGUGACUCAGCUACAGGGUGACCAGCACAAGAACAUAUGCCAGUUCCUAAUAGAGAUUGGACUGGCUAAGGACCAUCAGCUGAAGGUUCAUGGGUUUUAAGUGCUUGU